GUCACCGGAGCGUCGCCGAUACCGCAGUGUGCGCCCGUGACGCCGCUCCCGCCGCGCGACGGUUCGCUGCCGCGCCGUGAAUGCCUCGUCCCGCUUCAAGCACGGGCUGCGACUCGCGGCUGAUCGCAGACGAGGGGGACGAUGAGAAGGGCGGCAUGCGGCCAGCCGGGCCGUGGCAGCGGGCGGGCUCGGACGAGGCGCGGCACCGCGAGGCGCACAUCAGGGAGUUCCGCGCCGGGGACGAGGCGACGGUGCGGCGGAUCUUCAGCGAAGGCAUCCAGGAGCGGAUCCCCAACACGGCGCUGCGCGGACUGCGGGAGCAGCGCGGCAUCCAGCUCGUGUACGCGACCAUCACGAUUUUUUGCUUGGGCCUAACACACUCGUUGCUGAUCACGUGCUGUGUGCCCCUGCUGCUGCUGGCCCUGCGCUAUUACUACAGCCGCCAGGUGAUCUUGCGCUAUGCCAGCAACGCCCUCUGCAACGACUUGUCCGACAUCCCGCACCACUACAUCAAGACUCCAGGCUGCUGCUUCUGGGUGGCGGUGCUGGGCGGCGACGUGGUGGGCAUCGUGGGGGCCCGCGCCCACCCGGAGGACGCCACCGUGGAGCUGUGCCGCAUGUCGGUGGACUCGCGCCACCGCGGCCGCGGCAUCGCCAAGGCGCUGGGCCGCACGGUCAUCGACUUCGCGCUGGCCAACGGAAGCACCGCGGUGGUGCUGAGCACGACCGCGGUGAAGAUCGACGCCCACCGUCUCUACCAGUCGCUGGGCUUCAAACACAUGGGCGUCACUGAAGGUUACGUGCUGCCCGGUAUGGACUUCUCGCUUCCCCAGCGCCUGUUCUUCCAGCUGCGCUACCAUCGCUACCGCCUUCAAAUCCGCGAGGAGUGAGCUCGGCUGGGCGGUGUCUCCCUGCGGUGGCCACCCACAGCCACGUCGUGCACGGCGUUGCCCUGCAGCCUGCGCCUCGCCUGUGGCGGUGGCGGCGUUGCUGCUGCUGCGCGCUUCCACGGGGUGGAGGAGUGUGGGCGGUGCGGCGACGGGAGGACUCUUGCAUGCGACCCCCCCGCAGGAGGGAAACGUGUCCUUAAAACAACGAAUACCCAGACACAAAUUUGACCUUUGCUUGCGCAGUUACUAAACGCUUGCUCCAAGAUUAUAUCUGAUUUGAAUUUGAAUGCGUACAUGAAAAGGUAAAAAGCAUGUUUAUUGUACAUACUUAAAGUAACUAAGCCAAAUAUUAUAUUCUUGAUUAUAACAAAACAAAUGUUUGGUUCGAGAUGAAUUUGAAAAGUUCAUCUGUAAUGCAAGGGGAUGCUCGACUUGCCUGCGUAAUUCAUACCUAGGGAGCUACACGUCAGCCCUUGACUGCCAAUUGCAACGUCUGAUUUAAUAACGAGGCAUUGCUCCAACUCACGUCCCACUGCUGCUGCUGUCGCCGUCGCCGUCGUUCCCAAUCGACGUUGCACGAGCGGUCUGCACGGGGCCCACGCGGCCACGGCCGCCGCUGCGGCUCCCUGGCCCUCGGGGACGCUGAGCGGGGCGCGGGGGCCGCCGGUGGCCCCAAGCACGACACGCCCCGCGGCGCGCGCGCGGGGUGGCAGCCCCCUGCCACCUUCACGGAGACUUGGCACGAAAGAUCAAAAUCGCCUGCGAGCAGCCCACUCCGAACCAAACGAAUCACCCCCCACGAUGAUGCAAUAAUGCCUGUUUGUACGUCACGGUGUGUGUGUGCUGAGUUGUUACGUUUUGUGUUUAAAGUGACUUCAGUUUGAAACGAGUACAGUACCCGGAAGGCCUUAUGCAAGCAACGUGAGCGAGACAGACGAGGGGCCGGGGCGCAGUGCUGCGUGUGGACGCGUUGACGACGCAGAGGGCCCCGCACGCUGCCACCGCGCCCGGCGGGCACAGCACAACGUCGCGUCGCGGCCGGAUCACGAUCCCGCGGUGUGGGUAUCGGAACCUCCUCAUGUGCCUCGACGAUGCCUCCCUCUCCACGUGGUUCUUGGCUGCAUACACUCAACGAAGAGUAGCUCUGCUACCUUGAGCUCGACGGAAAUCGCAGUUGUGAUGUUGAAUGUACCCGGCAAUCGGCGUGUAAGCAGGGCGCAUUGACGAGCUUCGGGCACUUUCGUGAAUGCGAAUUUGUGAGUUGUCGCAUGGAAGUCGGCUGGAGAAGAGCCGGCGGGCUUCUCUGUUCAAGUUGACCCGGGUUGACGUCUCCCCGUGUUGGCUUAGUUGCGCUAAAGCCUAUUCAGUUAUUUUGUUCCGUCUGAAUGUAACAGUCGACGAUGUAAGGGAGGCGGGCCGCCUCUCUUCGUGCGUGACGGAGCGAGGCGGCCCGGCUCGGGGUCGUCUCCACUCGACGUGAGUGGCGC